AGCUGACUGGGCGUCUUUGAAUCCCAUGAUUUAGCUAGGGGCGUGUUCAGUUGUCGCCUUUCGGUUUCGGAACGCAGGGCUUGGAUCUCCUCUUAUAGUUCUGCAUUCUGGGCUCUUAAGAGCUGUUGUUCCGCUUUAAGUUCCCCAAUGGGAUCCCUUGAGUCUUCCAGGCUCCUCCUGGUUUUUGCCAUCCCAGGAGAAAGAGAUUGCGCCGCUGCUAGGGCCUCCAGGCCUGGUAGCACUUCUAUUCGGCCUGGGAACUGGCUACUAGUCGUCUGUAUCGUGCUUUCAGAGCCCUCGGAUGGGUCCGCUGGUAGGAUAUUGGCUAAUUGUCAAGCGAGGGUGUUGUCCCAGGGACCAUGGGCCUCGGUCGCGGCAUUGUAGUACCUUAUGGUUUCAGAAAUACAAGACCAAACAAUAGUAGCCAUGCAAUGUUUAUAGAGUUUUUCUAAUGAAAA